UGUUAAUGUUUACCUUCAGAUAUCAGCGGCGACAGAAUCCUUUUUCAGUACAUUUUGCUGCUCGGGGCUGAAAUCAUUUCUCAUUUUGAGCUCGACGUCAAACAUGUCGUCUGUUGAAGUUCGUGCCGUGCAGCUUCCAGCCGCAGAGAACCCGAUGAAGAUGGUUAAAAACACGACAGCAGGUGUGAGGAGAGCCGCUCUGGGAGAGAUCACCAACGUCCCUGCUGCAGCCGCCAACACGAAGAAAACGGGACGAGCUAAAGCAUCAGCCAAACCAUCGUGUGCCCAGAAAGUCAAACCCACAUUGGUCCAGGUGGUUCCUCCACUGGUCCAGGUACCGGCUCCUGCAGACCCCCUCCCCUCAGUCUCAGAGGAGUCGGCUGACGUGUCCAUGAAGGAGGAGGCGGAGCUGUGUCAGGCGUUCUCUGAGGCGCUGCUCGCCGUGCAGGACGUGGACGAGCUGGACGCAGACCAGCCCCAGCUCUGCUCUGAAUACGUUAAAGAUAUCUACAAGUAUCUGCAAGUCCUGGAGGUGGAGCAGGCUGUACGGGCGAACUACAUGCAGGGUUAUGAGAUCACUGAACGUAUGCGCGCUCUGCUGGUGGACUGGCUGGUCCAGGUUCACUCCAGGUUCCAGCUGCUGCAGGAGACUCUGUACCUCACGGUGGCCGUCCUGGACCGUUUCCUGCAGGUCCAGCCGGUCUCUCGCAGGAAGCUGCAGCUGGCCGGUGUGACCGCCAUGCUGGUGGCGUGUAAGUACGAGGAGAUGUACGCUCCGGAGGUGGGAGACUUCGCCUACAUCACCGACAACGCCUUCACCAAGUCUCAGAUUCUGGAGAUGGAGCAGCUGGUUCUGAGGAGCCUGAACUUUGAGCUCGGUCGUCCUCUUCCUCUGCACUUCCUCAGACGGGCGUCCAAAGUGGGCAGCUCUGAUGUAGAGCGCCACACGCUGGCCAAAUACCUGAUGGAGCUGACCCUCAUCGACUACGACAUGGUCCACUACAGACCGUCUGAGGUGGCGGCCGCCGCCCUGUGUCUCUCCCAGCUGCUGCUCGACGGCGUGCCCUGGUCGGCCACGCAGCAGCAUUACUCCACGUAUGACGAGGCUCACCUGAAGCCCGUCAUGCAGCACAUCGCCAAGAACAUCGUGACGGUGAACGACGGGAAGACGAAGUUCCAGGCGGUGAAGAACAAAUACUCGAGCAGCAAACUGAUGAAGAUCAGCCUCCUCCCUCAGCUCAAGUCGUCCAUCGUCACCAACAUGGCGGCCGCUGCGCUCAAACCCUGAACUGACCUCUUUAAUGAGGACGAUUUUUACUCGCACUUUAUUCAAGCUCGACCGUCCUGAGGAGAAGCUUCACUACUUUUAAUAAAAUGUUUUUAUCGUUCUGGA